AUGGUCACGGAAAACCCAAAAAGCGACGUCUCCGUCGAGCAAGCUCUGCUAGAGGAGUUUCCGAACCUCCAAUUACUCCCACAGACGAACCAGCUGAGGUUUCUCUUCACCAUCAUUCGCAACGAGAAGACGCCCCGUACCGACUUUGUGUUUUACUGCGAACGAAUCAUUCGCCUCGUAGUGGAGGCGGGACUCAAUCUGAUUCCUGUUGUGCCAGCGGAUGUAAUGACACCCACCGGCGUCGUCUACCACGGCUGCAAGCCUGAUCCAAAGGGCAUCAUUGGCAUCAGCAUCCUUCGCGCCGGUGAGUCGAUGGAACGCAUUCUCCGUGAAACAUGCCGCGGCAUUCGCAUCGGGAAGAUUUUGGUUCAGCGAGACGAGAGAACAGUUGAAAAGUCUCCGGAUGAGCGGUAUCACUACAGCAAGAUUCCAAAGGAUGUGGCCGGUCGUCGUGUGUUGCUCCUCGAUCCCAUGAUUGCAUCGGGCGGCAGCGCCAUUCGUGCCACGGAGAUUCUGCUGGAGGACUACAACGUGAAGGAGGAGAACAUGGUCUUCCUUAACCUUAUCACCUGCCCAGAGGGGAUCCGGCGGUAUAUGGGCAAAUUUCCGAAGGUGCGGGUGGUGACUGCGGCAAUCGAUGGGGCUCUAAAUGAGUCCAAGUACAUCACCCCCGGACUUGGCGAUUUUGGUGAUCGCUACUUUGGGACACAAGACUAA